ACCUGAGUGUUCUCCAUACUGGGGGAGGCACGAGCAACAAUAGGAGUUACUCGAGCUAAAUAGUCCUCGCCGAGAGCCUGAGCAGAGCACCUCCAGGUCCACACAGCUGGGACUCAAACCCUCGCAAAAUAUAGUUGUUAUGGCGUCUAGGAGGGCUCUACACUUCGUCUACAAGAUAGGUGACAGGGAGGCCACUGCUAAGUUUUACAGAGAGAUUCUUGGCAUGAAGGUAUUACGCCAUGAGGAGUUUGAGAAAGGUUGUGAAGCUACGUGUAACGGACCCUAUGAUGGUAAAUGGAGCAAGACAAUGAUUGGAUACGGGCCAGAAGACAACCACUUUGUGUGUGAACUGACCUACAACUAUGGCAUCUCUCAUUAUGAAAUGGGCAAUGACUUUCUUGGAAUGUAUAUUGAGUCGAGUGAAGCUCUGGAGAGAGCGAAGGCCAGUGACUGGCCGGUGAAGCAAGAUGGGGAACACAGUGUAUUAGAGGCUCCAGGAGGCUACAAGUUCUUCAUUAUCAACAAACCCCAGCCAGGAGACAGAGACCCGGUGCAACAAGUAGUACUGGCCAGCAGCAACUUAGAAAAAUCAAUAAAGUAUUGGAGGGACUUGGCUGGGUUGACCAUGUACAAGAAGACGGACAAAGCGGCGACUUUUGGAUAUGCUAACACUCAGGCAAAAGUGAUCCUCCAGGAUAUUGGUGGACCAGUGGACCACGCUAAGGCCUUCGGCAGGGUUGCCUUUGCGGCACCAGGUGAUGAGCUGCUGGGUAUUGAGAAGACAAUGAAAAAAGCCAACCAAACAAUAGUUAAACCAUUUAUUUCUCUAGAAACACCAGGUAAAGCCAUGGUGGAGGUUGUCAUCUUGGCCGAUCCUGAUGACCAUGAAAUUUGCUUCGUAGGAGUUGAAGGAUUCACUGAACUGUCUCAAGUUGACCCAAAGGCCGAUGACCUCCUGAACGAGGCCAUGGAGAAGGACAAGUCGGAUGAGUGGUUUGCCAAAAAAGGCGGGAAGGCCUUAGCAUAAAUGUGUUUGUAAUGGAGCCUUAAUAGGGAGGGAUUGCUUUUUGCUGCUUUCAAACUAAUGUGAAUAUGUCUGGGGUCAGGUAGGUCUUUAUCAGAGAUGUCUAGGUUAGUAGAGCAAGUAAGUAUACAAUGGCUGGGAAAUAACUAGACAUUGUUUUUGAAAUAUAAAACUGUGCCACUGAAAGAAGAAUCAAAGGUAGGGAAGAUAUUAAUUAAUAAAAUGGUCAUGCUGUUUUUUUUUUUCAGUUAAACAGUUAUUGUUCACAUUAUUGAGUGAAGAUGACUUUCAGAGUACAAUGCUGUUCUCUGGUGAAUCAGGUUACAGCCACACACACUGCAAUAUAUCUAGUACUUAGAGUCCUGUACCAACACUGUACUACUUUGAAUGGAGUCAUAAUAAGAACAAAAUCUGAAGGUAAUCAUCAUUAUAUGUUCUUAAGAGUUUGAUUAGAUAAAUGGGAGUUUUAGCUAAUACACAAAAGGUCAGGGAAUGCAAUGAAAACUGAAGUGCAUAGGACAGUAAUGGUCAGACAUUCCAUACUAUAAGUGGAAGGCUUUUAGCUUUACGUUGAUGGCUGAUGUAAUUGACAUUAUAUUUUAAGACAUAUUCAGUACAGUACUACUUAAGUGGCAUUUUGCUUUUAGUUUGUAAGAGUACUGUGUAUUAUCCAGUACAAUUGAAAAUAGCAUGAUGGAUGGUGAUGGCUGAGCUAUAUAAUGAUUGGGUGAGCUGGAUGAAGUACAGUAGAUCAGAUGUGUCUGUUCACCACAUGUUGUCUCCUUACUUUUAUUGAAAGCUUUAGUAAGUGACCCACUACCCUAUAUCACCAAAAGAAAUUUGUACCAUUUCUGUUCAUUGUGUUUUUUCUGCACUUGGCUGCUGUUUUAUCUCAAUAAACAAUUAAGUACUGUAUUAUUAGAUGACACUUGCCUGUUAUAAAAUAAUAGUUGCUUAUUAUAGGACAACACUUGCCAAUUAUUGAACAAACCUUUUCUAUUAUGGAACAAUAUUUGCCUAUCAUGGUGAAACAGUUGACAAUUAUUGAACAAUACUUGCCUAUUGUGGUGCAACACUUGCCAAUUAUUGAACAAUACUUGCCUAUUAUAAUGCAACACUUGCCAAUUAUUGAACAAUAUUUGCCUAUUAUGGAAGAACCUAUUAUGAGCAAUACUUGUGUUAUAGAACAUCACUCACCUAUUAUGAAUAAGUAUACAGUAUCCCAAUUAAGAGACUUUUAACCAUGGUUUCGGUAAUGGUUUAUGGCUAUACAGUACUGUAUUAUGUGGGAACACGGACAAUGUGAUGAUUGAUGUACAGUAGUUGUAUUGUACAAAAAUUCUUGCCUUGAAAGUAUUUGAGUGACUAUCGGGUGAAUUAUUACAACCGACACUUGUGUAAGAAUAAAUUCAUUGUAAUAUGUUGAAAUGUGAUCUAAGUGUGUGUAAUUAAUGUGAGAAACAAGUGAUCAAAUGGUAAAUAAAGCUUGUAGAGCAUUGUAGUGAAGGCUCUCCUUGAUGAGUGACAUGGAUCUUAACAGGAUGUUGUCAUGCUACAAGUUUAUCAUUAUAAAUAUUUUACAGAAGUUUGAGCAACAAGUCAUUGAAGAGUUGUGAACAUUGAUGUAGUACUGUACAGUAAUAAUGUUAAUAACAAGGUAGGUGGUUAUUACUGUCCCUUGAAAUUGUGCACAAGUAAUAUUUUUGAAGCUCAUAAAAAAGAUUAAUUUGGGUGACUUUUUAUAUGGGUGGUUGAUAACUGUUUUGUCCUGACACUUUUGUUCCUUUAUAUGUUGAUGUAUUGUCUUGAGUUAUUGUUCCCAUGUUUACUGUAAUGUUGUGGUCAAAAUUCCCUGGAAACUUUUGGCAAUCUGUUUGAAGGUUAUAUAAGUAAGAUAAUCGGGAUUUUUAUCUUCUAUUGACUCUCUUUAUUUGUAAUUAAUGUUCUUUUAUGUUAUCAUUUUAACGUACAGUAAUUUGUACUGAAAACCAGGAUUUACCGGAUACUAAGCAAUCACUUGUGGCCUCGAGUAUAUACCACAUAUUACCAAGAGUUGAGGGAGUUCGGCCCACAAUUGUACAUGGAUUUAGAUUAAUUGGAAACUGUACCACAGAUGAUAUAAGAAUUCCACUUAAGUAUAGAUUGUGUUUAUGUUUUUUUCAGGUUUAUGUGGCAAACAAAUACGUAAUCUCAUUGAUGCAGUAAGACUUGUCAAGAUGGGUCACAGAGCAUAUAACUAAGGUGAUUGGUUGAGAGGUUCUUAGGAUUAGUGGUUCUGUUCCUGAAUCACCAGAUGAUUGUUAAAAGUAAUACUUAAAGGAGAUGAAAAUAAUUGUGUUAAAAGUAAUUGUGAAAUAUCAAAUACUUCUUCUUGUCUGACCCAUAAUGGUGCUUGCUUAAGACCCUCGGCUUGGUCCAUUGAGUUCCCUGGUUAAUCUGUUAUUAAAUAUCUUCUUGACAGUAUUGUUAUAUUGGGUUAUACCUCAAGUUAAGAGAGAGAGGAGCAUUGUUGGACUUAUUUUAGGAUGUAAACUUGACAUUUCACACGAGGUAAAUUAUAUCCAUGUACAGUAAAUAUGAAUAAUAAUUUUAUAUGUCUUCAUUCAUAUAUUCUGAUGCUUCAGUGAUGAUGAAGGGUGAUAAACCUUGAUCCACUUGAGGCUGCUGACCAGAUUGUUGUGGACUUACUCUGUGUAGUUUUACUUUAUUGCCAAGAACUAGUAUUUUACUCCUGCUUUUGUGCCUUGUAGCCAAUACCCAACUUGUCAUGAAUUAAUGUGCCCCUUGUAUAAUAACCAUCAUGAAUUGGCAGGAACCAUUUUGUUAUUACAGAAACAUGAUGUAAGAAUAGCUCAGAGGAAGGUGAUUUAGGGGAAACAUUAUCUACUGGAUUUAUUGAGUUACUUGUUGUUGCUUAAGAUAUAGAAUCAAUAUCUUGGCUCUGUGGUAUUAUGUAGCUUAUGUUGUCUUGUCUAUUUUUUCAUUUAUUUACUCUACACUUAAUAAAAAUACAAAAAUG